AAACCAGCAAAUCCGGGUCUGUCUCAGAGCUUUAUUCUCUGGUUAUGACCUUCAUGGCUUCCUUUUGGCCCCCAUCUCCCACUCCUAUGUGAUCUCCCAGUUUGGAAAAAAUGGAAAGUAGCUCAGUCUCUUCCCACACAAAGUAAAAAGCCUCCAGUCUCCUGGAUGAGGUUCACCCAGUCUGAUUCCUUUGUUUCGGUCUUCGAGCCCCAGGAGCCUCUGGUCUCGCUCCCUAGCGCAGGGUUGGAAAUUUUGUCCUUCCUGAUCCCUGACAUCAGUCAGGAGAAGACUGGCAAAGGGUGAGGGAGGCGGCUGUCACACAUUCCAGAUACCCCUCUAUUUAAAACUCUAGGCAGGUCUGGGUGACAAUAAGCAAGCAGUCAGACCUCGCCUCGUACAAACCCGUUUGGCACCCAGGAGAAUGGCUGAAAAAGAAUCCACAGCUUCAAACUUACUCAUCCCUCUUCUUCUCCUGAUUGGCUGGAUUGUGGGCUGUGUCAUAAUGAUUUAUGUGAUCUUCUCUUGACAGAAGAAAGAAGAUAUCAGACUGACCUCUCUUAGAAGACCCAAGAAGAGAAAUGGAAAUGACUAAUCAUUAAAAAUAUUCCAUCGCCAUCAA